UUUAGAGGGAGAGUCUGUAAGCCCGUGAUCAGGUUCAACACAUCCCGACGUUAUUCGAGCUCGCAGUUCAAUUAAUUGUCAGAAGUCCAGAAGAACUCUUCACUUAACAUAAAACACAUCGGGGAUGUUGAGUAUCUGUCAGAGAAGAUCCAUCGUUCGUCCUCCAAUGAUCAAGCAUAAAUUUUGAAAACGAAAUUUUGUUUUGCACUGUAGUAAAUAAUGGCAAGCAGCCAACCAGAUGACAAAGGUGCUAGGCCCAAGACCAAUUUGCAGUCAAAUAGUGGGCACCAGAAGAACAAGAAUGAACGAGGAAGAGCCAAGCAUGAUAAUCAAUCUGGGUCAGAUGUAGAGAAAGAUUCUGUACCAAACAGUGUACAAGGGAAUGCACCACCAGGAUUUCACCAACCACCAUACCUUGUUGAUGUGGCUGUUAUUUAUGCCAAGGAGGAUUAUGAUCAGGUGGAAGAUAAGUUUGUUCCAUGGUUGAAACGAAUGGCCUGGAAAACUAACCUUGUGGAUGCAAGGAUACAUCUGUACGAUGAUCCUAAAGUUAGCUCAGAAGCUAAUGUUUUCAGUCAAACAAAGAAUGUGACCGCAAAAUGCAUGAAAAUAUUUGUUUUUAUCACUGAUAAUUUGAUGGAGGAUAAAAUUCUUAAAGGCGUAGUAGACGAAAUGACUUUCCUGACAAGGUUCAUAACAGAAGAUGAAGCCAAGCAGCACAUUUCCAAGAUAAGUGAAAAACUACAUCCAGUAUGUGCAAAAUAUCUUUCGGAAUGUGUUCAACGUCAAAAGGAAAAUGCUCUUAUUCCUGUUCAAACAAAAGAUAAGAAAAUCAAUUUCUUUGGACUGAUAUCGAUUCGUCCAAUUCUAUAUUAUGAUCUGGAGAAGAACUCUAGAGUAAAAGAAAAGAUAGCACAAAAUUGUAUCCAGGGAGCUAUGGAAGACAGGACAAAGCUGCAGCAGUACUUCACUAACACUGAAAACAGGGACUGGUCUUCGUGUGAGCAUCCAGAUUCUUCUUCUUGGAAAAACAACAACAAUGUGCCAAUUUUGGAUCAAGAAAAAGAAAAGAAGACAGAGAACAAUGUCAGCAGAACAGCCAACACUGACUUCAUUUCAGAGUCAUCAAACACUGUGGAAGGCAAUGGACAAGAGAGUUCAGUAGAACCUCGUUUGGAGGGUGAUGAAGGAGCUAGUGAGUCUGGAAACAGCCAAGAUGAAGGUUUAGGAUCAGAACACAUUCAUCAGUCUCAGGUUCCUACAUCAACGGAGAAUUCCACACUGGAGACGUCUGAGGAAACCAAAGUAUCAGUACAUGGUGAUCCAGCUGCUACACCUGCUACGUCCAAUGGGGACGACACUCCUGAAACUGACUUAGAGGAAGAUCAGUUGGAAUCUGGAAGGGCCGAUAACACAGAAAUCAAAACAGUCUGUGCAUUAACAGAGUCUGGAUAUGACUCUUUGUCUGGGGAGGAGCAGCUACAACAAAAGGGUGAAUCUAAGCCAGUAAAAGACCCAGGAGAGACAAGUCUUGACAACACAGGGCUAGUGAAUGACUCUGGGGAUGCAGCACUUGGGAAAGACUUGGGCGACGCAAAUCUUAAAUCUUCAAAAGAAGAGAGCAUGCUUAGUACUGAUGCACAAAAGGAAGAGAGAGAGUCUCAUUUGUAUAGUACACAGUGGAAGAGUAGCAUAGAAGAUCAAGGUGAGGUCCUUGAACCUACACUUACUUACAGUAAAAGGCCUGAGCCAUUUUCUAAAGAUUUAAUGGCGGGCAAUGUCUUUCAAAAAGACUCUGACAGAAGAUGUCCAGCUGGAAGUGACGUCUCAGGUGCAAAACAUUACAACAUAGCUUCCAAUAAAGACAUUCCAGAACAAGCCAUUGCUAUUCACAACGAAAUGGUAAAUUAUCUUGGUGAACGUAUUUAUGGGGAUGACCUAAUCAAACUUAAGGAGCUCUUCAGAAAUAUCCCACUUACCCCUGCCGCCAUGGAAAAAAUCCAUGAUAUACGUGACCUAUUUAAGCAUCUUAUAGUCAAUGAGAUAAUAAGUUAUGGCAGCUAUACAGAAUUUGUAUCAAACCUUAGGCAGAUCAAUCCAUUGAUGGCAACAUAUAUGGAGAAAAAAGGAAAAGAAAUUCAAGAAAUCAUCACUUGUGGUGACUUAUCAAGCUUUAAAGUUAACAGAUCAUGGCAGUCAGAAGCUGAAGAUGUCCAAGGCCCCCCCCUCAGUGAUGAUUUGCAGCCUUUUGUUAUAGGACCACAGCCAGCUGUAAGCUCACUGCAGACAACUUCUUUAUUUGCUUCAAUACUAAGUGUUAAACAACAGUUUCAUCUACAUUCGGGGACUCUGAGGACUAAUCCUCUAGGCAUGAUGACUCAUUGCUCCAU